AUGGGUCAAGGAGCAUCGCACGAUACCCCGCAAUUGACACUGGACCAACUCUCGCAGACCAUAGCCCAACGAUUCGCGCAGAAAUGCUUCUCCCCUCUCGAACUCUACUGCUUUAAUUCUGUCUUCCGUUCCCUCGCUGAUGCCGAAUCCGGUGUAAAAUACUGGAGCGAGAGCACACUAUGUCGUUUCCUCGAGCUGCCAGAUGCGCUGGGCGUGGGCUCUGUCGUGUUUCAGAUGGCUAGCUAUCUUGGCGCAUUCCCACUUCCUAGUCAAGCCCCAGCUAUACUUACACAGGAGGCGCUACUCAAGGUUGUCACUAUACUCACGGAGAGAUAUGGAGCGGUGCUUAAGAAGAGAGGAAAGGAGAUCUGGCUAAGAGAGAUCUACAGGAGUCUGGCCAUAUAUGACAAGGGCAUACGCUCGAGUUUGGAAGAUAAAGAGAAGGAAGAGGUGGAACACACGCCGAAGCGAGGGGAAGAGGGAAGUAGCAAUUUGGGUUUUGCCAUUGAUGCGCCUGAUGAGGGAGACGAAGGAGAGGACGAGGAUGACGAUGAGUUGGUGCUGGCUGCGUUGGACUCUAUGGAUGCUAUUGAUGCGUUCAAGCAUGGAGAACAAACGAACGUACAUCAUUCCAUCAUACCGACUGACAACUUCCUCAAGUUGAUCGAACUGCUGCUGCUCAUCGCGCCGAUCGAUGCGCAGCAAAGCCUUUCAUCGCUCGCACCAGACCUCUCAGACAGAAGGGUGGCGGAGCUACGGCAGGCUGCGAAUGUUAUAUUGUCGUCUUUUGGUGUGGAGAACCAUCCAGGUGUCACGUAUCGCACAUUCAAUACUGUCGUCUCAACGUCCUUGCCGUACCUGUUUAAUGGUCUCAACCCACUCUUCGAGCACUUCCUCUUCGCGAGAGACUUUGACCUCUCUAAACGAAAGUCAGGUCCCGGUUCUCCCACUCAAGAGAGCAAACCUGUAAUACCUCCGCCGAAAGCAGAACUGGAACCGGUUCUGCGAGACCCGGGAGAGAUCUUGAACCUGACUACCCUGAGCCAACUGUCGUUCUUCAUCAAAGGCAGCAACCUCUUCCGGCGGCUGCGGCCACUAUACAGCGGCAAUACACACGGCUUCAGUAUGGGAUCCUUCGAAAAGCAAGUCUUCAACUGGCGCGCGCCGACCAUCCUCCUUGUAAAAGGCCGCCUUCUUCCCUCAAUACCCUCCAGCACCCGCGAACGCGCAUUGCAAGAUAUGCUACCACCUAAACGCCUACCAGACAGCAUAACCUCAACCUCUCCCAGUCAAACGCUCAUCUACGGCGCCUACAUCUCAUCGCAAUGGAAACACACAGGCAAGACAUGUUUCGGCGACUCCUCAACCCAGCUUUUCCAGCUUUCGCCCACACACGACAUCUUCACAGCCUCGACAUUCAGUAAAGACUAUACCUACUUCUCUAAAUCACCGACAUAUCCCGCUGGUGUCGGUCUAGGCACACCUAUCCCAACACAGUCAGCUUCCACAUCGCAGUUCUCUCACUCACCGUUCCGUCCUGGCCCUGUAUCCCUGCAUCUUGACGAUGCGCUUGAAUUCGGUAUUUUCACACACCUUUCAGAAGGUGGCGGCUCGUUCCUUCCAAGUAAGUUACCUGGAAGGAAGAAGAAAAACUGGCAAGAUCGCUUUGAGAUUGAAAGUCUGGAGGUUUGGGGAUGUGGUGGGGACGAUGUUGCGGAACAACAGAGGAAAGAGUGGGCGUGGCAGGAACGCGAGGCUGAAGCUAGGCGGAGGAUUAAUCUGGGGACGGGAGAUGCAGAGAUGGAUCGGGAAUUGCUGAAGAUGGCGGGGAUUAUUUCGGGCGAUAGGAGUGGAGGGAGUAUGGGGUGA